UUCUAUUAUGUGUUGAUGCUUCAAGUAGCUCUUACCAUAGCUAUGGUUCAUGCUCAGGAUGAUCAAUCAGGCUUCAUAAGCAUUGAUUGUGGAAUAACAGAAGGUUCAGAUUACACAGAUAAAAGAACAGGAAUAAACUAUGUUUCGGAUGCCAGAUUCAUAGACAGUGGCAUAAAUCAAGAAAUAUCAUCCAUGUCUAAAUCCGACACCCUUGAUAUCCAGUUCAGCACUCUUAGAAGUUUUCCUCAAAACACUAGAAACUGCUACACACUUAGACCCAAACAAGGGAAAGGCAAUAGGUAUUUGAUAAGGGCGCGGUUUAAUUACGGGAACUAUGACCUUAAAGGUCAACCCCCAAAAUUUGACCUCUACCUUGGAAACGAUCCCUGGUCUAGAGUAAACGUUAAAGUGUCCUCGGCAACGGACUAUGAGAUCAUACACCUUGCUUCAUCAGACUAUAUUUAUGUCUGCCUUGUAAAUAUAGGCCUCGGAAAUCCUUUCAUUUCUGCAUUAGAAUUAAGGCUUUUGGAUAGCACCAUGUAUGCAGAUGACAAGAAACUACGAUCACUGACUCUAUCCGCACGCACUAAUUUUGGUACAUCUAAAAUAGUCAGGUACGCAGAUGACAAAUAUGAUCGAAUAUGGUAUCCGAUAGCUUCUACUAACACUAAAGAUAUACAGACUUCUAGUCCUAUUUCUUUAGGAUCUUCAACAAAAGAAAGUGUACCAUCAAAAGUCAUGAGCACUGCCGUCAUACCCGCAAAUCCUACAGCUGAUUUAUUUUAUUCAUGGACAGCUACUGAUAAAACUGAAGAGUAUUUUAUGUACAUUCACUACGCUGAAAUUGAAACAUUAGAAGGAAACGAGACAAGAGAGUUCAACAUUUAUCUGAAUGAUGCCUACUGGGAUGGACCGAUUUCUCCAACUGAUCACACCACUAGUACAUAUUUCACCUCCUUUUACAAUGCAUCAUCGUAUGAACUUACGUUACGCAGAACAAUAAACUCAACCCUUCCCACUAUGAUGAAUGCAAUCGAGCUUUAUAAUCCAAUACACCUCCAACAACGCCAAACAGAUGACAAAGAUGCUACAACGAUGUGGAGUACCAAGUCAACGUACGGGUUAAAAAGAAACUGGCAAGGUGAUCCAUGUGUUCCACAAGAUUCUAUGUGGGAUGGAGUUAAGUGCAGCAAUGAUACAGAUAAUCUUAGGAUCAUUUCCAUGAACUUGUCCUUCAGCGGAUUGAGUGGAGAAAUAACUCCCGCGUUAGCAAAUCUCACAGUGAUACAGUCAUUGGAUCUGUCCUACAAUAACUUGACAGGAAGUGUUCCAACGUUUCUUGCUUCUCUAAAUUUCUUGAAAAAUCUCAACUUAACAGGAAAUAAUUUCACAAGACCCCUACCAGCGGAACUUCUAAAAAAAGCAAAGAAUGGUUCGUUAUUUCUAAGUAUUGAAGAAGAUGGAGAUCAGGAUACAGAUGCUUGUUCCAAAGGUUCAUGUAAAAAAAGUAAGACUAGCAAGAAUAAAAACGUCGUUAUUGUAGUGAUAGCAACAGUUGCUGCAAUAUUCGUGCUAUUGACCAUAUUGAUCGUUCUAUGGAUAACUAAAAGAAGACGAGCACAAGAUUCAAGCAUAAGAGACGAGUUUAUUGAACCGAGAAACCAACGAUUCACAUAUUCAGAAGUACAAAGAAUCACUAACAGCUUCAGUAAUGUUAUUGGGAAAGGAGGAUUUGGAACAGUGUUUAGCGGGUUGAUUGGGGAUACUCGAGCGGCUGUGAAGAUGCUUUCUGAAUCAUCAGCUCAAGGGUGCAGGGAAUUUCAGUCGGAAGUCCACCUUCUCAUGAGUGUUCAUCACAAAAACAUAACUUCACUUGUUGGGUACUGUGAUGAAGGAAGCCACAAGGGAAUUAUCUAUGAGUACAUGGCUAAUGGAAACUUGGGAAUGCAUCUAUUUGAUGCGAGUCAAAAUGUUUUGAGUUGGAAAAAACGGCUACAAAUCGGAUAUGACGCAGCACAAGGGUUAGAGUACAUGCAUCAUGGUUGCAAGCCACCAAUUGUCCAUAGAGAUGUGAAAUGUUCAAACAUAUUAUUAAACGAGAAAUUACAGGCAAAACUAGCAGAUUUUGGGUUGUCCAGAGCUUUUACAACCGAAGGCGCUACACACGUGUCAACAGUAAUUGCGGGCACUCCCGGCUACCUUGACCCCGAGUAUUACACAACAAACAGGUUGACGGAGAAAAGUGAUGUGUAUAGCUUUGGGGUAGUACUACUGGAGUUGAUUACAGGCAGGGCAGCAAUAUCAACAGAUAUAUACAUAGUUAACUGGGUUAAAUCUAUGGUUGAAAAGGGAAGUGUAGAAAAUAUAAUUGAUCCUAGGUUGUAUGGGGAUUUUGAUGUUAAUACAGCCUGGAAGAUGGUGGAAUUGGCAAUGGCCUGUGUUGACAUGUCAUCUGUCAAAAGACCAACCAUGAAUGAUGUGGUGAUGGAACUACAGACCUGUUUGAAAGGGGCCAAACCGAAUAAUCUAAAUCAUAGUAUGUCAUUGAGUUUGGAGAGUAUGAGUGGGCCAAAUCUAAGAUAAUCAAAUCUUAAAUUUGUGUUCUUCUCUGAUGUUUUCCGAUCUCUAACGUGGGUCUUCCGUCUUUUUCCUAGUAUUUUGAACUCAUAAUACGAUUAUCGUUUUUAAGUUACAUUGCCGGUAUAAGGCCAUAUAACUUAUGCUUGUGUCUAUUGUUGACCUUCAAAUAUGUGUUUGUGAAUACCAUUAAACUUCAUUCCUGUAAGUUAUGUUGAGUUAUAUUGAAUCUUUUGAACUGUCUCCA